UAUUUUCAGUGUUGACAAUGAAUCAAGGAGAAAUCGUUUAUCAAGACGACGAUGAUUAUUACGACGAAUCGGAGAUAUACGAUAAUUAUGAAGAAGGUGCCGAAUUUAUCGAAGUUAAUGGACAGCUUGUGCCUCAUAAUCCAAACUUACAGGCGCAGCAAAAUCGUCCGGGAACCUCGAGUAUGAUUCAACAGCAUAAUCGAUCAAUGGAAGUUAAUCAGGGAUUGGUCAAAGACGAACCAAUUGAUACAUCAUCGCAUCGCGUCUACGUCCCCCCUCCGAGACCAGUUCAGCGAAAACUUUUUCAGCCUGGGCCCAGCACUCCCGGAUCGUCUCAGUACACUGUGCGGAAUUUGUCCAAUUUAUCGGGUUCACCUUCAAUGUACGAUCGACAGCCCGCUUCAUUACCUAGAACAGUGCAACCAAUGGGCUUGGAGAUGGGAAAUUCUGAACAGCGAAAAGUUUACAUCGAUAUGAAAGAUCACGUUAGUCAUAUUAGAUUGAAAACUAAAAAAAAAGUAUUUGCACCUGGCCAGCGGAAACCAUGCAAUUGCACGAAAUCUCAAUGCCUCAAGCUCUACUGUGAUUGUUUCGCCAAUGGAGAGUUCUGUCGUGACUGCAAUUGCAAGGAUUGUCACAAUAAUAUAGAAUACGACAGUCAGCGUUCAAAAGCCAUCCGUCAGUCACUUGAGCGAAAUCCGAACGCUUUCAAGCCAAAAAUUGGUAUUGCUCGUGGAGGUAUUACCGACAUCGAACGUCUUCAUCAGAAAGGAUGUCACUGUAAAAAGAGUGGUUGUCUGAAAAACUAUUGUGAGUGUUAUGAAGCAAAGGUUCCGUGUACCGAUCGAUGCAAGUGCAAAGGAUGUCAGAAUACUGAAACAUACAGAAUGACAAGAUACAAGAACUCCGGUGGUGCCGUGUCCAAUACGAAUGCCCUGAUGUCAUUGACCAACGCUUCCAGCACAGCGACUCCAGAUUCUGGUCCGGGAAGUGUGGUGACCGAUGAGCAUGGAGACGACUACGAGGAUAUGCUUCUUUCGCAUAAACCGAAGGUCGAGAUGGAUCCUAGACGCUUCCCGUGGUACUAUAUGACCGAUGAAGUCGUUGAGGCAGCCACUAUGUGCAUGGUUGCUCAAGCUGAAGAAGCUUUAAACUACGAAAAAGUGCAAACCGAAGACGAAAAACUCAUCAAUAUGGAGAAGCUUGUCCUUCGUGAAUUCGGCCGCUGUCUCGAACAAAUGAUCACAAACACAACUGAGCUCACACAAGAUCUUGAUGCCGCUCCAACGGAUGACAUCCCAGGACCAUCUACUAGUACUUCUUAACUAUUCGCAUUAAAAUUAUUAUCAAUUUUAUCACAGUUGCGCGAUCUUUUAUGAUCUCACCUCUCACACAUUCUUUGCCUUCCUCCCCUCCUCUCAAUGCUUUUACAGAUUCACAAGUUGCCUUCUUUCAAAGUUGUCAAAUAAAAAAUGAUCAGAAAAAUUUGUUUCAUUUUUACUAACUCACCUGCGUCUCUUCAAUUUUAGAAAUUAUUGUGUUAUAUUUAUGAAGUUUUGUGUCUUUU